CUGUUCAUUGUUUUGGGGGGGUGGGCCUGCGGAACAAGUGGAAAGGAUGAUUGCUUUUCAUCACUGAAAAGUACAUUUCAUCAGAAUAUAAUGGCUUAUAGGUUGUUGUCAACAGCAAGGAAGCUGGAGCGUUUGUUGUGGAAUGGGGUGAAGCGAGAAAAUAUUGAUACAAAUUUGCUUAAGAGGAAUCUUACGUUAUUACGAAGGGCACCUGGAGGCCCUUAUUUUGAAACAGUUUUGCAUCAGUGGAGAUUGUUUUGUGAGCGACCUCCAAAAGGGUUUGAAAAAUUCUUUAAACCUGGAAGUAGUAAGCCAGCUACAAAAUCUGGCAAGUCACCUGUUAAAGAGGUAAAAGAUGCUCCAAAGGAAUCUAAAACACCGCCUCCAUCUAAAGGAGCAUCAGGUCCACAGCCAUCCAAACCAUAUGAUAAUUGGUCAUUUGGGAUGUUUAGUGGCCAGUCUAGGUCCAGUGGACCUGGAGGCAAAGCUUUCGGAGAAGGAGGAGAACGAGAAAAGUGGAUAAUUAUAGGCGUGGUCGGCACUGUGGCACUUCUGGGUACUCUGGCAUAUUAUGAGAUGGGAUAUAAGGAAAUUGCCUGGAAGGAAUUUGUAAAUAAUUACCUGGCCAAAGGCAUUGUGGAGAAACUGGAAGUAGUGAACAAGAAAUGGGUAAGAGUACGUCUCAUGUCAGGGAAUACCGUUGAUGGCUCGAGUGUACUGUGGUUUAAUAUUGGGAGCGUGGAUUCAUUUGAGCGAAAUCUAGAAAAUGCACAGAUUGAGAUGAAUGUGGAGCCACCAAAUUUUGUUCCUGUUAUUUAUAAGACUGAACUGGAGGCAGCAAGCAUCACUGGAAUCCUCCCAACAUUAUUAAUUAUUGGGUUCCUAAUUUAUAUGAUGAGACGUUCUGCAGAAAUGAUGGGUGGUCGUGGUCGAAAAGGCGGAGGUAUUUUUGGUGGAGUAAUGGAGUCCACUGCUAAGCUUAUCAACUCUAAUGACAUUGGAGUCAGAUUUAAGGAUGUAGCAGGCUGUGAAGAAGCAAAACUGGAAAUUAUGGAAUUUGUUAAUUUCUUGAAAAAUCCUCAACAGUACAUAGAUUUGGGUGCUAAGAUUCCAAAGGGUGCCAUGCUAACAGGUCCACCUGGUACAGGGAAGACGUUGCUAGCCAAAGCAACAGCAGGAGAAGCCAAUGUGCCAUUCAUUACUGUUUCUGGCUCAGAAUUCCUAGAAAUGUUUGUGGGAGUUGGGCCAUCAAGGGUUCGAGACAUGUUUUCAAUGGCCCGUAAACAUGCACCCUGCAUCUUAUUUAUUGAUGAAAUAGAUGCAGUGGGCAGGAAACGUGGUGGUCGCAGCUUUGGUGGUCACUCCGAACAAGAAAACACUUUGAAUCAGUUAUUAGUUGAAAUGGAUGGUUUUAACACCACCACCAAUGUCGUGGUUCUGGCAGCCACAAAUAGGGUUGACAUUUUAGAUAAAGCUUUGCUUCGUCCAGGAAGAUUUGAUCGGCAGAUCUUUGUGCCAGCGCCAGACAUCAAGGGUAGAGCAUCCAUAUUUAAAGUGCAUUUACAGCCAUUAAAAACCAAUUUGGAUAAAAUGAACUUGGCACGGAAGAUGGCGGCACUUACGCCAGGAUUUACAGGUGCUGAUAUAGCCAAUGUGUGUAAUGAAGCGGCGUUAAUUGCUGCUCGAGAUUUAAGUGAUGCCAUAGGUAUGAAAAACUUUGAACAAGCCAUUGAGAGAGUUGUGGCUGGCAUGGAGAAAAAGACAAAUGUCUUGCAGCCUGAGGAGAAGAAGACUGUUGCAUACCACGAGGCUGGGCAUGCUGUUGCGGGAUGGUUCCUACAAUUUGCAGAUCCUUUACUGAAGGUUUCAAUUAUACCUCGAGGCAAAGGGUUGGGUUAUGCCCAGUAUUUGCCCAAAGAGCAAUAUCUGUACAGCAAGGAGCAACUGUUUGAUCGGAUGUGCAUGACACUGGGAGGUAGAGUUUCCGAAGAACUCUUCUUUGGACGGAUAACAACAGGUGCGCAGGAUGACUUAAAAAAAGUCACACAAAGCGCAUAUGCUCAGAUUGUUCACUAUGGCAUGAAUGAUAAGGUAGGAAAUAUUAGUUUUGACAUGCCACAGCCUGGAGAAAUGGUUCUUGAGAAACCAUAUUCAGAGAGGACUGCUCAGAUAAUUGAUUCUGAAGUUCGUGAGCUCAUCCAGAGAGCACAUGUCCACACGACCAGCUUGCUUACGGAACACAAGGAGGAUGUCAGGAAAGUUGCAGAACGAUUACUGAGCCAAGAGAUUUUGAGUCGAGACGACAUGAUUGAACUGCUUGGACCAAGACCGUUUCCUGAAAAGUCUACUUACGAAGAGUUUGUGGAGGGUACUGGUUCUUUUGAGGAGGACACUAGUCUUCCUGAGGGGCUGAAGGAAUGGAACCAGCCAAGGGAUCAAGAAGGUAGCACUAAGGACGAUGGAAAUGCAAAUUCAGAAGGACGUAAUCACAAAGCAGACUCAGCAGCUCCUAGAUAAGGUGGAAUGUUUGACUCCAUACUGUCAUUAUCACAUCUGCCGUGUACUACGUUUUGUGCUGCCUCUUAAGAAAAUUUGUUGGCAUUUGGAGGAAAAUACUGAAGUUUAUUGUAGACUUGCAUGGGAGUUGAAUGUAGUGCACUUGAAUUUGUAAGUACUGUACAAUUUUAGGAUUUUUCUGUGAAAAUAAAAAUAAGUAAUUGUUUGGUUUAAUUUAUAACAAUGUUGAACAAGGACUCAGCAUAAAGGUGAACUGAAUCAGAUGUAGUCACAUAUGCAUAGAAGAGUGUUAUUCACAGUGCAUUUAACAAACUUGUGUGUUUAGUAUGACGUAAGCAAAAUGGCAUAGAAUCAGCUCGUACUUUUACGUUGGAGCCUUGGAGAAUGAAUGGUCAGUGGAAAGUGUUAUAACCUUCCGGCAUUGCAUGAUUUGAAUAAUUACGAGUGAUAAGAAAUAUAAAUGUUAAUAUUUUUAAAAUAUAUGCAACUUGCAGAGUACGCUGCUAAACAAAAUCAACCAGGAAAUGAUUAACAUGAAGUUACGUUAACAUUUUGAAGUGCGGUGUCUGUGUAAUAUUUGUAUCAAGUAAGCGAAAUAAAUUAAUAAAUAGA